AUGUCCGAAACGCCAAACGGAAGCGAAAAUGAUUUCUCCAACUACCAGCAAGAUGAGGCCCAAUUUUCGAAUGAAGGCGCGGAACCGACGGCGAAACGCACGAAACUGAGCCAAGCAUCGGGAAUUUGGGCUGCAUUUACACGCGUCGACAUGCGGAAUGUCUGCGACUUUUGCGGGCAGUCCUUCAGCGCCAGCUCCACGCGAAACGCUUGGACCCAUAUGAAGAAUCGCCAUCCCGACCUCUACGCCGAGCUACUCGCCCGAAAGCCGGAGAAGCCUGAAGCUCCGGCCCGAGCGCCCGUGCCCAUCCUCGAGCUGCCCCCAGCUAUUCUGAUCAACAACUGUGGAUGGGCUUGGCGUCGAUCAACG